GACCUCUGAAGGUACAUUUUCUAAAUUUAGAUUCCUCCUGACUGGUCAUGGACUGCGUUAGGACAGGUUGUGCUUUAAUGAGGAAUGGCCAUGAAUUGUCCAACUAAACUGACCAAUAGGAUUUAACUUUUGAGAAGGGAGGGAUUAUAUUUCUUACCACAACAGUAACACAUGUACAGUAAACAACACUGGAAGUUAUUCACAAGACAAGCACUGUACGUGUGUUGAAAGAAAAGUGAGCAUUCAUUCAUUUUGUUUCUUGGUCAAUUUCAUGAGAAGGUAUGGGAUGGUACCCCAAUAAAACCCUGCUCGCUCACCUCUGGUCGAGGCGGCUUCGGUUGUUGUGCAAGGUGAGAUAUCUACUCACAAACAUUAGACAUUUGCCUCACCUUGACAGAAGUCCAUUUUUCCUGAGCAUCUACUCAUCACCUCAAUCCUCAAAGAAAAACCUUUUAAAAUCUUAUAGAUCUAAGAAUUUCAGCAUUACCCCCUCUGGAAGAGUCUGCAAAAAUAUAAAAUGUGAGAAUAAAGUGGAGCUUCAGAUGUUUCGAUUUUACUCGACCUCCAGUAGAGACACGUUCAAAGCAGAAGCUCCUAUUGGAGUUCUCCAGAACAACACGACGUCUCUUCGGCUGCAUUUAUUGAGGUUGAGAUUGGGACAAUCUUUUAUUCGUCUCUCCAAGCACAUUAACUUGUAUUUCAAACAAAAAGAGGUUUCUGUCCUAGAUAACAGCCAGGAAGUGUCUGUGAGGGAAAAACCCUUCACAAGAACAAAGAGAAGAGCUCUCAGAGGAAGGUGCUUAGGAAAGAACACAUCUUUCCUAGGGUCACCUGUCCACGACCAAGAAGCAUCCUUAAAUUUGUAUGAAGGACCACCUGUGACCUCAAGCUUCUCCAGACCACAGCUCUUCCAUAUCAGUGCCUUAGCGACCAGAUUUGGGGAGGGUUACAGCUAUGUGGCCAAUCACAUUAAUUCCGUAUGCUCUCGAAAUCCAACAAAACAAAUGCAUGUGGAGCUGUCAUCAGAUGAUGUGUUAAGAACUAAAAACGGGAAGAGAAAAAUUAUUAGUAAUAAAAACGCUCCUUGUCAGAAAAAUGAGCAAACACAACAAAACAUAAGCAUCCCAACAACAACAUCGGCUGCAUGGGUUCAUAACAACAACGAAUCUAAUUCCUGGGAGGAAGGAUAUCUUCACUUUGCCGAUCACAUCAACAGAUAUUUUAAGGCAAAAGUAGCAGAUACUGUUGAGGAGUCGCCACGUAAUCGAAUUCCAGCUUCACAAACAGAAGCUCAGAUGCUGAAAUCUUCAUUGUUUUUGGACAGACCUCUUCUAGAAAGAGCCCAAGACUCAACUCCACCUCAUCCCAAAUCCCCAGGGUUGUUUCACAUGAGCAGUCUCACAACACGCUUCGGGGAAAAUUACACAUAUAUGGCCAACCACAUCAACCGGUACUUUAAUGGAUCUGCAACAGCAGAGGAGGAAGAGUUGGACCGAGGUUGUCUGGAAGGGACAGGGACUCUGGAGAAACCUGUGUCCUUUUUUGAGAGCUUGUUGAAGCCGUCAACUAUACCAAGUCUUGUGGGCAGUUGUCUGGGAAUGGGGUCCAACAGCAUUAGUGACCAGACUACACCUGAUAAGAAGAUCCAAGAGACCAUGCUGUAUAAAACAGCUUUGGGUAGAAGGAAAGCAGAACACACUGCUAAAGUCCUUCUAAAUAGCCUUCAGGACGCUAUCGUGCCCACAUCCAUCACUUCCUGUGUGGAGGAACUGAAUGCUCACCUCAUUAAGUACCCAGCAUGCAAAGCUGUUGUCUGGCAGGAAAAAGCAGCACUCCAACUUCUUAGGAGGCGGCGGAUCUUUUGGAUGAAUGAGCAACUUCAAGAAGCUAUUAGAGAAACCCUGGCUCUGAUUGGCUAUGUAGAUUCAGUCAAAGGUUGUGGGAUCAGGGUGCUGUCCAUUGAUGGAGGCGGCACCAAAGGUUUAGUUCCACUUCAGGUGUUAAAACAACUGGAGGCUCAAACAGGGAAACAAGUCCAUCAGCUUUUUGACUAUAUUUGUGGAGUCAGCACAGGAGCUGUUCUGGCGUUCAUGUUGGGUCUGGUUCACAUCUCUUUGGAUGACUGUGAAGAGAUGUAUCAUCAUUUUGGGUCGGAUGUUUUUAGACAAAAUCCACUCGUUGGUACUAUGAAGAUGGGCUGGACGCAUUCUUACUACAACACAGAUACAUGGGAGAUGAUCUUGAGGGAGAAAAUGGGAGAGGAAAUUUUGAUUAAAACAGCCAGAGAUGGACUGAGCCCAAAGGUCUCUGCUGUAAGUGCAGUAGUGAACUGGGGGAAAAGUCCAAAAGCAUUUAUCUUCCGAAACUAUAACCAUGCACCGGGGACAUUGAGUCGCUAUGCUGGAGGAUCAGGGUACCGGCUGUGGCAGGCUGUCCGGUCUUCAUCUGCUGCUCCAGGCUAUUUCCAAGAGUUCCCUCUUCAUGGAGACAUACACCAGGAUGGUGGUCUUAUCGUCAAUAACCCCUGUGCUCUGGCUGUCCAUGAAAGCCGACUGCUGUGGCCCAAUCAGCCCUUCCAGUGUGUGCUGUCACUAGGAACCGGUCGCUAUGACAACGCCAGAAGAGGGCCUGCAACAUCCACAAGUCUGAGGGCCAAAAUCAGCAACCUGAUUUGCAGUGCCACUGAUACUGAAGGUGUACACACUCUUUUGGAUGACCUCUUAUCACCAAACGUGUAUUUCCGCUUUAACCCAAUGCUGAGUUUGGACGUGACACUGGAUGAAAGCAGACCCGGAGUCCUUAAGCAAAUGAGAGAUGACACACAGCUUUAUCUGGACCGGAACCAACCCAAACUGGAGCGUUUGUCUAAAGUGCUGACGACGGAGCGUACAGCCAUCUGGAAAACCCGGGACUGGAUCAGUGAGAAAGCGUGGGAACUGCAGCAGCGCUGGGCCUGAGAGUUAAAAGAAAUCGAGUGGAUUGCAUGCUCAAUGCACUUAAAGGAAUAUAAAUAUUCAAAUAUAAAAUCUUAGUGGACACUAAAACUUUGUUUAAAAUUUAAAUGCAUAUCCACUGUAGGCCUCUGGAAACUGAAGCACUUCUGGUUUCUGAUUUUUAUUUUAAUUUUCUUGUUUAAAUUUAGCAAAAUGGUUUAUACAGAUGACAAAAUCAUGAGAUAUAAGAUAAUAUCACAAUAGAAAGUAUUGUAUUAUGGGCAGUGUUGGCUUGCUCACCGGGAGACUGCAUCUAUUUAUUUAUUUAUUCAAUAUUAUUUAUUAGAAUGAUCUUGCUUGGCCUGUAAACACCAUGCACUGUGCUGUGUUUUAACUUUCUCUGUUAUUCAGUUUUUCUUAUUUGCUCCUGUAAAGCCGCUUUGGAACAAUGCACAUUGUGAAAAGCAGUAUAUAAAUAAAUUGAAUUGAAUAUUGUUGCUUUUUUGUAAAAUCAUGCUUGGGAAUAUUAUUAUUAUUUAUAGUUCAUUAAAUCAUUCAGCUGUAAUGAGCACUUACACCUUGUAAGUAGUAAAUCAGUGAAUUGUAAACACGGAUCUGCACGUUAAUA